GGAGACAGCUGGGAGAGCGGCGCGCGAGAGACUCGGGAGGCCGCCGAGUGAGUCAGCAUCUGGCGGGGAGUCGCCAUGGGGGAAGACCUGACCGCCCAGGAGAGGCUUCACCUGAUCACCCGGAACUUGCAGGAGGUUCUUGGAGAGGAUAAAUUGAAAGCCAUCCUGAAAGAACGGGAGCUGAAGAUUUACUGGGGGACAGCCACCACGGGCAAGCCUCACAUCGCCUACUUCGUGCCCAUGUCCAAGAUUGCAGACUUCCUCAAGGCUGGCUGUGAGGUGACCGUUCUGUUCGCUGAUCUGCAUGCCUACCUAGACAACAUGAAGGCUCCGUGGGAACUUCUGGAAUUGCGUACCCAGUAUUACGAGGGGGUCAUUAAGGCGAUGCUGGAGAGCAUUGGGGUGCCCCUGGAGAAGCUCCGGUUCGUCCGAGGGACCGACUUCCAGCUCAGCAAGGAAUACACCCUGGAUGUCUAUCGACUGUCCUCUGUUGUCACCCAGCAUGAUGCCAAGAAAGCUGGCGCAGAAGUGGUGAAACAAGUGGAACACCCCCUCCUCAGUGGUCUUCUCUACCCUGGGCUGCAGGCACUGGAUGAAGAGUAUCUGAAAGUUGACGCACAGUUUGGAGGAGUGGAUCAGAGAAAAAUUUUCACCUUUGCAGAAAAGUACCUCCCGUCCCUGGGCUACACCAAACGCAUCCAUCUGAUGAACCCCAUGGUGCCUGGAUUGACGGGAACCAAGAUGAGCUCUUCGGAAGAGGAGUCUAAGAUUGAUCUUUUGGAUCGAAAAGAGGAUGUGAAAAAGAAGCUUAAGAAGGCUUUUUGCGAGCCAGGAAAUGUGGAGAACAACGGGGUCUUGUCCUUUGUCAAGCACGUCCUCUUCCCCCUCAGAUCAGAGUUCGUGAUCCUUAGAGAUGAGAAGUGGGGAGGAAAUAAAACUUACACGAGCUACGAGGAUCUUGAGAAGGACUUUGCUGAGCAGGUUGUCCAUCCGGGAGACUUGAAAAGCUCCAUAGAGGUGGCCUUGAACAAACUCCUGGAUCCCAUCAGAGAGAAGUUCAGCAGCUCACAAAUGAAGAAGCUCGCCAGCCGUGCAUAUCCUGAGGCCUCCACAGCAAAAUCUGCCGUGAAGGGCUCCACAAAGAACUCCGACUCCGAGGAAGUCAUCCCGUCCCGAGUGGAUCUCCGGGUUGGCAGAGUGCUCAGUGUGGAAAAGCAUCCUGAUGCCAAUACGCUGUACGUGGAGAAGAUUGACCUGGGGGAGGCCAAACCUCGUACGGUGGUCAGUGGUCUGGUGGAGUUUGUGCCCAAGGAGGAGCUCCAGGACAGGCUGGUGGUGCUGGUCUGCAAUAUGAAGCCCCAGAAGAUGCGGGGAGUGGAGUCCCAGGCCAUGCUGCUCUGCGCUUUCAGUUCUGGAGAUCCCUGCCGAGCGGAGCCCUUGGACCCCCCAGCAGGCUCCUGUCCUGGGGAGCGAGUGUUUGUAGAAGGCUUUGAGAAUGGCCAACCGGAUGAUGAGCUGAAGCCCAAGAAGAAAGUAUUUGAGAAGCUGCAGGUUGACCUCCAGAUUUCUGAGAACUUUGUGGCCCAGUGGAAGGGGAAGAAUCUCAUGACUGCUCUGGGGAACCUGACGUGCAAAUCUCUGAACGGGGGCAGCAUCCGCUAGAGCUCCAGCCUGCCCCUCUCCUGCGCCCACCACCCCAUGUUCUGCCCACCUCUCCUCCUCC